AUCUUCAGGGCUUUACACAGUAUGGCCGGCGAUAUUAGCUAGCACUCGCUAACGGUAUUCUCUGCAAAAGGGAAGACGGAAACCUAAAAACAACACCUGGAUUGCUUAAAGGACUGUACCUCAAUCUAUAAUAACUAUUAGAGGAAGGUUUAAUUAAGCUUGAAAACGUUACGACCUACGUUUUAUAUUUUUUGUUGGGUGUCUGUUGUCUCAUAAUGGAGGAUAACGGUGCACAUUUCUUCGAGGGGACCGAGAAGCUAUUGGAGGUGUGGUUCUCUCGGCAGGAUGAGACCAAAGGAACCGGGGACCUCCGCACCAUCCCAAGGUUUGAGUGGGACAAACUUCUGGAGAAUGUGCAUUGUUUGAUCAUUAGUGUGACAAAGACUGACAAGCAGGAAGCUUAUAUACUCAGUGAGAGUAGCAUGUUUGUCUCCAAGAGACGUUUCAUUUUGAAGACAUGUGGAACCACCCUCUUACUGCAAGCACUGGUGCCUCUGCUGGAGCUCGCCCGGGAGUACUGCGGCUUUGAUACCAUCGAGAAUUUCUUCUACUCCCGCAAGAACUUUAUGAAGCCAACUCAUCAAGAGUUCCCUCAUCGGAACUUCCAGGAGGAAGUGGACUUUCUCAGCCAGAUUUUCCCAAAUGGUGCUUCCUACUGCAUGGGACGCUUGAACUCGGACUGCUGGUAUCUGUUCACCCUGGACCUACCAGACUACUGGGAGAACAAGCAUGCCGAUCAGACGCUGGAAGUUCUGAUGAGCGACCUCGAUCCAGCCAUUAUGGACCAGUUCUACAUGAAAGACGGUGUUUCUGCAAGUGAGGUCACUCGUAUGAGUGGAAUUCGUGACCUGGUACCAGGUUCAGUGAUCGACGCCACAAUGUUCAACCCUUGUGGAUACUCAAUGAAUGGAAUGAAGACUGACGGAACGUACUGGACCAUCCACAUCACGCCGGAGCCGGAGUUCUCCUACGUCAGCUUCGAAACCAACCUCUCCCAGACGUCCUACGACGAGCUGAUCAGGAAGGUGGUGGAGGUGUUCAAGCCGGGGAAGUUCGUGACUACUCUUUUCGUCAACCAGAGCUCCAAGUGUCGCAGCGUCUUCUCCUCGCCCCAGAAAAUGGAGGGCUACAAGCGCCAGGACCGGCAGCUGGCCCAGUUCAACGACUACAACUUCGUCUUCACCAGCUACACCAAGCUCCGCCAGCAGAACACGCAGAGCUGAGGGUGGAGGAUGAUGAGGAAGCCCCAGCCCCUCCCCC